UAGGAAUUUUUUGCUCAGUUUCUUGCUUUGUUUCACUUUACUGCAUACAAAUGAACAACCAUUUCAUCAUAUUACAUAAUCUUUGCUGUGUGGAUACGGAAAACCACCUUUAUCAAUGUUUCAGUGUGUAAAAAUAUACACUAUUUUAUAAUAUGUAGUAUAUAUGUGAAAAAUAAAAUUUUUCUUAGAAUUCUUCAAGUAUAAGAGGAUACAACUUGUGAGGAUGGAUUUUGAUAGCAAUACAGAUGUCUAUGCAUAAACAUGAGAAGAUGUUUGCACACUCAGCUAUCAGAGACACUGCAAAGAAUCAAAUGCAGCAGAUGAUAUCAUAAGAAGUAGUGUUCUGUUUGGAACUUGGAAGACCAAAAAGCAAGAUGCAGGUCAGCUUCUGUUGAAGACUGCUCUGUUCUCAAGAUUAAUGUCUAAUAUGCCUGUUUCUUUGGAUACCUGGUGCUAAGUCAAUUUUCAGGGAAUACAUUCUGCUUUGGAAACUGAUCACGGUCGGGAUUCAUUCAUGUAAGUCAGUGAAUUAUCCUUGCAUGUGUGAUAAGUAAGGAGUUUUGGCAAUGAAAGCUAAACCACCGCUUUCUAACUUUUCAUACUGAAUUUCUGUGGAAAGAGCAAAGGACAAAGAAAUCUCUCCUUGGCAGAGCCAGCCACAGCGAAGGCGGGAGUCCAUGGAAGCCCAGAAGCUACUGAGCGUUGGAUUUCUGCUGUGCUCUUUGACUUGCCUCUUGGUGGAGACAGUGGCUUCCCCUACUUCACCUUUAUCUGCCUUUGGAAUACAAGAAAAAAUGAGAUGGAAAACAGGGUGGAAACCACGAUCAAGGGGAAAGCACAGGUCCUGGCUUAGCAACUUCAGGAAUUAUCUGUGUGAUCUCAUCAAGAGCUCCCUACCUCCAGCAGCCAUUUUUGCAUUUUUUAUCACCUCAACACUAAUGGGAAUCCUCUGCUGCCUCACGUAA